UUCCGGUCUAGGGGUAAGAUACUUGCCUCUAGGUUCGGCCAUCCGGGUACGAUUCCCGGGCAAUGCACGUGGCAUUGCCGCUACCUGACCGCUUGGAACAGCGUGAGAGUUCCGGUUAGCACCUUGGUCCACUGGAUGUGGUGCUUAACCCAAACCAACCAACCGUUUUGGUUUUGAGUAAAUCAAAUUAAUAUAUUUUAAUGAUACCUAUGGAUUGCUGACGAUUGAUAAAUAGAAUACGCGAAUUGCUGAAAUGUGUGCUCAAGCUGGUAGCAAUUUCUCUCGAGUAAUAUAAUGUUGUAGUAAGUCUUGCACUCAGCAGUGCACUAAUGAAUAGCCAAAUCUGAGCCAAAUGACUUGUGCACUGUUUUAAUGAUUGGCUCAGAUCAUGACAGGAGUCCUUGUGUCCAACUCAGUCAGGAAAUGACAGACACUGUAAACUUGUGAGUUGCUGGAGGCAUUAAAUGCCCUACUUUUUGCCGCGCCAUAGUUAAACGGUGCGCUGCAGGCGCGCCAAAUUUUGGGUACCUGGCUAUAGGGAAUCAAUUGAAGGCUAUCAUGGCAAAAUGUCAAAAAAAUUACUUAAAAUUUUUAGGCAUUAAGUUUUUAGUGAGGUCAUUAUUUCUUAGUUUUGGGGCAAAAACAGCCGCUGCAGCCUGCAUGUUGAUAUGUUCAAAAAGUCACAAAUUCACAGAAUGGACGUAUAGGCAUGCCGUAAAUGCCAUUAGACUGUGAAUACCAUUAACAGUCAAAGUAGUAUCUUAUAUUUUUAAUAGUCAUGCUACAUUUUCCAUAAUCUUGAACUGAAUCUGGGCGAUUUCUCCUAGCCACUUCAUGACCGUGAUGCACAUUUCUGACAUUUCUUUACUUGAUCAUUUUCGACUAAGCACAAUUAUGUGCUUACUCAUAUGAUAAAAUGAAUGUCACCAUCAUGUUCUAUGCUCAAAAGUACCCAUAAAACAUGUGUCAUAGACUGUGAAUGCCAGUUUAGAUUUUCAGGUAUGCCCGUAUAUGUGCUUAACUGAUUGACCUGACCUUGGCCCUGACCUAUGCCUGACUGACACCUACCUACAUGGAUCUGACACUGGUGUCGCACUUAUAUGAAGGAUUGGGCACAGUUUGGUCAGAAUUUAUGACAAGAGAUGCCCAGUUCAAGGUUCUGAAGUCCAUCUUACUGAAAGCCCAAUUUUAUGUGUUUGACCUGACCUUGACCCGACUUGUGACCUUGAAAUUCAACUUUCAAGUUCUCAUCUGAAGCGUCUUGUCGCAUUAUUUCGUUUGCUGCCUCGUGAGUUUUGCUGUGCCUAUUAGUUUUCGAGUUAUCAGUUGGGGGGCGGUUAAUGAUUCCCCCCUUCUCAAUCAAAGGGUGGAUGGCGAAAUACCCCAGCAACUGGCGGGUUAACAUCACAUAGAGCUGGUCAUUCAUAACCAGUGGGCUGUGCCAUUAUCUCUGUGGCUGUGUACCAUUUCAGAUCAUUUCAGAUCAUUGCUGAAAGGAGAAACAUCAGCAGAAAAAUGAGGUUGGUGGUCUGAGCUCCUUGAAGCUUCCAUAAACAAGCAAGAUGAAGGGAGAGUCAGCACCCCCACCUCCUCCCCCUCCCCCACCCCCACCACCUGUUUCCCUGUCGAGGCCGCUGAAGUUGCCGGCCUCCGCCACGGAUGAGGACGAGGACGUACUGGAAGCAGUGGCUUUUCGCGCCGCCCGCGCGUCCCUGUACCACCGACUUAUUAUCCACCUCAACGAGACACAGCCCAUCAUCCAGGAGGGACCCACGUGCGGCCUGGCCGCCGCCUCCAUGGCUCUCACACAGCUGGGCCGGUGCGGUGAUGACGUCACAGUGACGUCACUGCUGCAGGAGGCGCGCCGCGCCGCGAUGACGGCCCAGGGCGAGAUGUUUUCGGCGGCCGACCUGGCGCGCCUGGCUGCCAGCCGACUGGCCCCGGGCGGCGACCCCGCCACGGCCGGCCGCGUCAGGAGCGACCUCGACCGGCCCGAGGCCGUGCUGAGGGCCGUGCUGCGCGGCGACGCCGUGCUUGUGCCUUACGACGCCGACCGGAACCACGCGCCGUGCGCGCGCGGCGGAGCGGCCGCGCACUGGGCGCUCGUCUGCGGCGUGCUCGUCGGCACCGCCGCCGACGCCGACGACCCACGCGAGGCUGACACUCGCCCGCCCACCGUCGACGAGACGGUGUACCCUGCGCCGCCGCGGCUGGUGUCGGCGGCGGCGGCGCGCGCGGACGGUCUGCGCCCCGACCGGCGCGAGCUACUGCUGCUCUGUCGGCAGAGCAAGAGCCGCCGGCUGGCCGUGUGGCGCUACGGGGACCUGGUGGUGAGUAACGCCCAGCUGCGGGCGGCGCGGCCCCACCGAGCCGGCGAGCAGCCGUACGUGCUCAGUCAGGGCUCGGUGGAGGCGGGAUUGUGCGGACAGUGGGUCCACCUGUGGCGGCCGGACCGUGGGGAGGGGACGCACUCGCUGGCGGAGGCGGACUCAUUGGCGGACUGGAUCUUGGGGCAGGAGACCUCGGAUGGCGAAGAGGCGGCGGCGUAAUGCUGGAGGUCGGGGAGUCAGAUGUGCCUCUAACCCGCACGGGAACUAGUCAUUGUCUGGUGCUUGACUUCGUUGCGAAGUGAUUGUUUCCCCCUUUUACCAAUAUAUUUUGAUUGCACCGUUCAUAUAACGUAUCGUUUGUCGUGUUAUGAGUUAUGACUUGUAGUUAUUUUAGGGUUGUCUAAUUAUUAACAUUUGUGUGAUAUUGAUAGAUUUUCCCUCCGUUACCAUGAACGGUAAGCUCGGUAAUGUUUUCUGAUUUUGCCCUACCUGGCUGAUGUGAGAUGAAGCUGGCUUUCAGCACAUUGCUUUUUCUAUGUACCGUUAAAGGUAAAAAGUAACCAAUAAAAACUACAUCGUUUCUAGAGCAGCAUGAUUGCCAGUCGUUCUUCGAUUGCUAUAUGUCACUUGUCCCUAACAAUGUGUGAUUGGUUCGCGCUAAGUGCAUGAAGAAAGAUGCCAAUUGUGCCUGGGAUGUCCGAUUCAGGGUUGCUCUUUUACAAGUGAUCACAUUAAUUGGAAACCUGUGAAGAAGUCGUGCAGAAUGAAUCCGGGGCGAAUAGGUAUUUAUACUUAUAUAGGCUGUUGCACACAAUAAUAUUGCGCAUAUUUUCGGCCCGUGUGAUGCUAUGGUGUGAUUUGUUUGCUUAAAAGUUGUAGGUAUAAUAUAGUUGUGCAGCAUUUUUGAAAGCCUUUGAUGACAUUCUGCCAGCUUUUUGAAGAUAUGUCAUCGUGUGAUGAGUGCCUUGCUUUCAUUAACAAUGAUAGAAAGUUAAUACUUCUGGGACUGUUGGUUAAGACGUAAAGACAUAAAGACACAAACAUUCAGUGCAACGGCAUUGGCGGCGAUUGCUGGUGCUGUGGAGAGUGAGACUUCAAUUCAGUACUAGUUGUUAGCUACUGGUUGUUGAUGGUUAAACGCAUAUGCUUAUUGUUCGGAUGCUCAUUUCUGAUGGCUUGGACGUAAAAAGCCAAGAUGUUUGCUGGGUUGUUCCACAAUGCAGCCCACGCUGCCGGACAGCCGUUGACAGUUUGGAAAAGACGAUACUUACCGAAGCAGCUGCCACUAGCUCGCAUGUAGGCCUUCAGUUCUACAAUGUGAUACGGGACGCAGAAAUCGCCUGCACAGCCGCAGUGUUAUGCUACAGAGAUUCAGCCGAGUCCCCACCUGGCGUUUAGUGCUACGAUCGUGAAGAAGAGUACAGUCUCCGCCGUGUGGUGCUACGUUCUUGUGACGGAGUGCAGUCUCCGUCAUUUGGUGUUACCCUGCAGCUGCGCAAGAGAACUCACCGCUAUAUGGUGCUACGCUCUUGUGUAGCAGUGCAGUCUCCGCCUGGCUUGUGUUUCGCUUUUGUGAGGGAAUGCAGUCUCCGCGUUUUGGUGCUAC